UCUCGCUUCUUCGAGCUUUGGACGUAUUUCAUGUGCACGAUCCUCUCGUCGAAGCGGCAAAAUUAGGAAGCAGGUUUUUAGAGCGCGGGGAGGAAGAGGAGAGAGAGGGAGGAUCAUGUUGGUGUAGAAGCAGAUGCUGAUCGAGGUGAACAGCACGGUGACUGACAUUUUGAAUUAAAGAAUGGCCGCUACACGGUCCCUUCAGCAGAUAUUUUCAUUGAAGUCAAGCGGCAAUGGGAAUGAUAGGUUAUUCAAGUGCACGGGGUCAGCCGCCACAGGGGUUUCCAAGGGGGCUAUCAUCUGUGUUACAGACCUGGGUUUCUCAAGAAGUAGCUUUGGAAAUUUGAAAGUAUUCAAAACUUCAAAUGCAGUUGUAGGGUUAGGUUCAGCUGUCAGGCCAUUGGUGCGUGCAUCAGUGCUGGCAGGUCCUGCCCUUGAUGUUGUGAGGGUCUGCGUGUUUUAUGCUCUAGUGCAGACUGGCAUUGCGGUUCCAAGUCCUAUUCUCAGAGGUACCUUGGAUGGAGUGGAUGACUCCUCGCGACCGAAAUGGCUCGAGAGUUUGUUUGGGAAAGAUGAAGAAGCUGAAAAGGACAAGAAUAUCAUAAAGUUGAGGCGGAACUGGCGCACGAGCAUCAAAGGAACACUCACGCGCAAGUACCGCGCCUCGUCUAAGCAAGAAGGACUCAGAAUUCUUAACUCAAUCUGUUCACUACUUUCUGAUGAUGAUGACUUCGUGGAACUUGGCACCCACAAGGGAUGUGCAAUUAGGCGUGAAAACGCUCAUGCCGAAUCUGUGUGCUGCAACAAUGUAAGAGCCUUAUUCGACGAGCUCCCUACCCCACAUCUUGUUGUGGAGAUCACGGUCUUUCCCAAAGGGCCCAUUACUGACGUCCACUGGCAGAAAGCAGCGAAGCUAGAACAGGUUUUGAAAAGAGGAAAUUCUAUCUGAUUUUCGUCCACUAGUGCAGCUUCUUAAUUGUCAGUGACCAGUCUUCAUGGAUAAAGAGAUCGAGUAGUUUCCAGUGUCGUCCUUACCCUAGUGGGAUGCUCCAAUGCGUCCAAGCUUUUCACUCAUGUUUCGUUGCACCAGCUAAUGUACAUUCUGUCUCACCAACUACUUUUGCUUCGGAGUUCGACUCUCA